GCGCUCUCGCCGUCCACUCCUAGGAGCCGAGCCAUGGAUAAAUACGAGCAGUUGGCUGUUGUCGGAGAAGGGUCGUACGGCGUUGUAUUGAAGUGUAGACGCCGCGACACGAACCAGCUGGUCGCCAUCAAAAAGUUUUUAGAAACGGAAGACGAUGUAGUCGUCAGGAAAAUGGCGCUGAGAGAGAUCAGGAUGUUGAAGAAACUUCGGCAUGAUCAUCUGGUGAACAUGAUCGAAGUGUUCCGCAGAAAGCGAAGGUUUUACUUAGUAUUUGAAUAUUUGGAUCACACUCUGCUCGAUGAGCUAGAGGCUUCACCAGGCGGUCUCGGUGAGGAUACCGCUAAAAAGCAUCUGUAUCAGCUGCUUAAGGGAAUUGAUUACUGUCAUCAAAAUUCGAUCAUCCAUCGAGAUGUUAAACCCGAAAACGUUCUGGUUUCUAAUAAUGGUAUCGUGAAGCUCUGCGAUCUCGGUUUCGCGAGAACUUUGGCCGCCCCCGGGGAACCUUACACGGAGUAUGUAGCCACUCGGUGGUACAGAGCUCCAGAAUUGUUGGUCGCUGAACACAGGUACGGUCCUGAAGUAGACAUCUGGGCAAUCGGCUGUCUAUUUGCGGAGAUGUUGACCGGUGACCCUCUCUUCCCCGGUGACUCUGAUAUCGAUCAAUUAGCGCUCAUUAUAAAGACUGUUGGGAAGCUGGCGCCCCGGCACCAGCAGGUGGUAGCGCGGCUGGCGGGCGCGCUGCAGGCGCCGGGCGCGCGCGGCGUGCUGCCCGGCGCCGCGCUCGCCCGCGAGCUGCUCGCCGCCUGCCUGCGCACCGAGCCGCGCGCGCGCCCCUCUGCCGCCGCGCUGCUGAGGCACAAAUACUUUAUAGCGGAUGGAUUCGCGGAUAGUUUUAAUGCGGAGCUGAAGAAGAAAUUGGGCAAAGAAAUCGAGACACCCGCCGCAGUCGCACCACCUCGAGUGGUCGGGAAACCGCGCCAGCAGUGGACACUAAAUAUUGUUACGGAUCCCAACAGAUCUCGAACAAGCAGCACAGCGGGUGAAUCUUUAAUCGACUACAACUACACUCCGAGCACAGAACAUCAAAUGGAGUCAGCGAGUUACGACAAGAAACUGACACAAGCACAGACACACACACAUACAGUUGAGAGCGAGGUCCCCCCAGCAGUGGUCAGUACGUCGGGCUCGCGUCCAACUCUACCACGCUCAUUGGCGCGUGCUGUCGACGAAACCUUCCAGAACUUUCCUGUACCCCUAAACACCUACCCGCGAACUCCAUACAUUAAAAAGGUAAACAGUAAAUUAGUAAUGGACGAGGAACUUCUGCGCGGUCGCGCGCUCGCCAAGAAAACUACAAAGAAAAUGCCUCCCGACUUCUCACUGCCAUACGUGCCCGGAGCAAGCAACAGUCCAAUGAAAAAAGCGAAAAAGCCAACCACAAACAAUACGAUGCCCAAAGCAUACGAGAUGUGGGACAAUAAUGUAACACCGACUCUAAGAACGCCUACGAAUCUUCCGUACAUGUGA